AUGAAGCGGGUUGACGAUGAUGCGGAGGUCGAAUGGUAUCAGGCAGAGCAGGGCAGCGCGUCCAGCUUCUCCGGUCGGCGAGAGCAACCAUUGACGUCGCCACGUGACCUCAAACUCGUCCGCGAUUUUGGGAAGUGCAACAGGCAGUCCGUUUCUCCGCAACAAGAACGAACAACCACAAUGCCUCAAUUAAUCUCGCCAUUGGCCCUUCGGGCUCUGCGGACGCUAGUCCAGCGCCCAGCGAUUUCAUGCACCCCUUUGCGCACUCUCACAACCGCUACCACCACCACCCAAAGUCUCAUCCACCGCGCAACCCCGAUCACCGGCCGCUUCAACUUCCAGCCCAUUUUCCGCACCCAAACGGCCCAGCUUCUAGCCCGCCGCCAAUUUUCCAGCUCUCCAAUUGUCCGCGCAACCUACAACCAAGUCCGCCGAGGCUGCCGCCAGGGCCAACGCGCGCGCCGCGGACGGUCCCCAGCCUUGAAGAACCACCCGUCGUUGAAGGGCGUGUGUUUGAAGACUGGUGUUACCAAGCCCAAGAAGCCGAACUCCGGCGAGCGUAAGACUGCUCGUGUUCGUCUGAGCUCUGGCAAGGUCGUUACAACUAUUAUUCCCGGUGAGGGUCACAACAUCCAGCAGCACAGUGUGGUGCAUGUUCGUGGUGGUCGUGCUCAGGAUUGUCCUGGUGUGAAGUACCACUUGGUUCGUGGUGCCGGUGAUCUGGGUGGUGUUGGAAGUCGCCAGUCUUCCCGGUCGAAGUACGGAACGAAGAAGCCCAAGGGCAACUAA